AUAAAUUCAAAGAAAUAAUAUUUGGUCGAAGUCGAUUCGAUUCAGAACUCCAUUAAAAUCAACACUUGAGAGAUCAGCAGAAAUUCAUCGAGUUCUAUCUCAGAAGAUAACCGGAUUGCGAAAUGUCGACUCUUGCAGCAGCAAGGGCAGAUAACUUUUACUACCCACCAGAAUGGGAACCAAAGAAGGGUGGUUUGAACAAGUUCAAUGGUCAACAUGCUUUGAGGGAGAGAGCAAGAAAAAUAGAUCAAGGCAUCUUGAUUAUAAGGUUUGAGAUGCCUUACAACAUUUGGUGUGGUGGAUGUGAGUCCAUGAUUGCAAAAGGUGUAAGGUUCAAUGCCGAGAAAAAGCAAGUGGGGAAUUAUUACUCGACAAAGAUAUGGAGCUUUUCAAUGAAAGCAGCAUGCUGCAGGCAUGAGAUUGUAAUUCAAACAGAUCCACAAAAUUGCGAGUAUGUGAUAACUAGUGGAGCUCGAAAAAAGAUUGAGGAAUACGACGCCGAAGAUGCUGAAACAAUGGUGCUCCCAGUUGAUGAUGAUAAAACUAAGCUGGUGGACCCUUUUAAACGGCUCGAACACCAAGAAGGAGAUAUGAAGAAGAAGAAAGAAGCCGAGCCAGUAUUGGUUCGUCUUCAACGGAUUUCCGAUUCGAGGCACUUGGAUGAUUACUCAAUGAAUAGAUCACUACGUGCGAAGCUCAGGGGUCAGAGAAAACGAGUGGCUGAAGAAGAAGCUGUUUCUCGAAAAUCAGGACUUGGAAUUAGACUUCUCCCAGUUUCUGAAGAGGAUUCUGCCGCUGCUUCGCGUGUUAAAUUUGCUACAAAGUUUGAGAGGAACAGAAAAGACAAGAGGGCUCUAAUUCAGUCCACUUCGAUAUUUUCUGGUUCGUCUUCUUCUGUGCCUGAUAAAAGGCGUGUGGAACUCGAAGCUAAGAGGAGGAAAAUAAAUGCUGGCACUGCAUCGAAAUUGCUGUCUGGAGGAAUCAAGCCAUCUUCGCUGGCUCGGGCUUCUGUUCCUAGUCGGAAAAAAUUCAGGGCUUGAGAAAUUAUUGGACGUGCCACUACAGACUAUUAGUAGUAUACUUUGCGAGUUUGCUAGUUUGAGAAUUUGCAGUCCUUGUGUAGAUAUUCUGUAUCCUAUAUUAGCUGAAUUGCCUAUUAAUAUUUGAUUUAUGUUUUGCUUGUAUUUUGUAUUUGUUGUGUUGGAUGUAGGAAGUGUUUGUUCUUUCUAUAUUUGGUGAAAUUGGCUUUGUUCUUGUCUGUGAGGGGGACUUAUUAAUGGUAAGUUUUGUGUACGUGCGUGCAUACAAGAAUUUGUUC